AUGGAUAACCCCUUUCCUCCCCAGUGCCCCUCUUCUCCUCCCACUAAGAGGUCACCUUCAGCCCCGGGCGGUGUGCCCCUGGACCAAAGGCUGAAGAAGGGGCGGAGCGUCACGCUCAGCCCUGUAAUGCCUGGCAGCCCCUCCGGCUGUUCGACACAGCCUGGUUCCAGCCCAGAGGCAGCGGAGGGGGAGUCGAGGCUGCCCACGGCUGUCUGCCCUGCACUGCUGGAGAAGGCUUUGGUGUUUCUGCAGAGCUCAGCAAUGGCUGAGAACUCAUCUGUGGCAGUGGCACCAGCAGCAGCACCAACCAUGCUAGAGGAGCUCCUGGAGAUCACGGCUCAGAGCCUGGUGCGCACUGAAGUGGCUGAGCACUAUGAGGUUAUUCGGGAGCUGGGCAGGGGCAAGUACGGCCAUGUGAUGCUAGUGACCCACAGGCAGAGAGGAACUCCUAUGGCUCUCAAGCUGCUGCCCAAAGCCAGUACCAAGCUGCACACCUUCCUGUAUGAGUACUGUGUGGCACUCUCCCUUGCCACCCACCCUGCUAUCAUUGGCAUGUUUGGAAUUGCAAUCGAAUCCAGUCAAUAUUAUGGUUUCCUCUAUGAACCAGCAAUGCACAAAGACCUCAUAUCAAUCAUCAAACCCAGGGAUGGGAUCCCUGAACCAGCUGCCAAGCAUUGUGCCAAGCAGCUUGUGAGUGCUCUGGAGUUCAUCCACAGCCGGGGGCUUGUGUAUCGUGAUGUCAAGCCUGAGAAUGUGCUGCUUUUUGACCCUGAAUGCCGGCGCAUCAAACUGACUGAUUUUGGGCUUACACGGCCCAAGGGUACCAAGCUCAAACUGGUGGCUGGAGUAAUCCCCUACACCGCCCCUGAACUAAGCAAUACCACUGAUGCCCAAGGGGUGCCCAUAGAUGCCAGCAUGGAUGCAUGGGCCUUCGGUGUGCUGCUGUUCUGCUUGCUGACUGGCUAUUUCCCUUGGGAGCAAAGCCUGCCCAAAGACCCUUUCUUUGAGGAUUUCAUGCUGUGGCAGGAAACAGGCCUGGAAGAGAACUUGCCUCGCCACUGGAAGCGCCUGACAGCUGAGGCCGCUCUCAUGUUGCGGAGCCUGCUGGCACUGGAUCCUGCCAAGCGUUGUCCUGUUGGUGGGGCUCUGCGCUAUGUCAAUUGCCCUUGGCGUCAAGAUGAGGGGCACAGUGGGGACGCUGCUGUGAAGCCCUAG